GCAUCUUUUUCUUUACCUCUGCGAUUGUACCAAACGACACGGGUGCAUUUCGAUAAGCUGAUCAUCGUUCUGCACCUGGAUCGAAUAGCGCAAAAGCUUAAAAACGGCUGUAAUCGCUUUACGAAGGCUCGGGUGAUCGUCGGCUUUGUGCUUUGGUUAACGUCCAAUAAGAGCGCCUGGAUACCAUGCAAGUCCGCCGCUGCCACCGUCUGUCGUCCCUGUGGAGCCUGGUGCGCUCUGUGGUGUGCCUGCUGCUCUGGCUGGCCGGUGCCACCCUCGACUUUCUGUACCAGCUGGCAGUGUGCUCCGUCUGGCUGGUGGUGAGCGCCGCGCGCGCUCUGCUGGCGCUGACACUAGAGGCGGCGCGGGUGACCGGCUGGCUGGCCUACUACGCCGUGCGCACGCCGCUGUCGGCCGUCGUGCAGUGCGCCGCCGCGCUCCUCUGGCUGGUCAGACUCGUCGUUGGUGGAGUCCAUUUUUUCUUCUUGGUGGCGAUUCCGAACAUCCUGUGGGACGUGUGGUCGAUCGUGGGCGGUGCCGUCCACCUUGUGUGUGUGCUGGUCUGCAUGGUUGGCCUGGCCGUGUGCAUUCUACUUUCGGUGACCUGCCGCAGCACGGCGCUAGUGGUCGGGCUCGGAUGCGGCCUCGUCAAGAACGUCAUGGCGCUCGUGUCGCGGGUUUUCGGCGGCGCCGUCCUGCCGGGACUGGUGUGACCUGGCACAUUAUCGGCUCUCUUCUGUCGACAUAUAUUUUGGAAGCAUCUUACAUAUGUGCGUCAUCAUCGAUCGCUAUAUCUACUGCACGUCUGCCUUUCGCGCCUGCUCUUUUGUGUAUCCAAAUAAACAGUGCAUUGUUUUUGCGA